AUGCUGCCAUUCAAAACUGGAUUGAUUCUUCAUUCAAAGUCCAAAAAGGAUCUGAAACUGGCAGAAGCUCAUCAAAUUUAUUGUUUUGAACACCACUUUGCAAUUGAUCCGAGCAUGCAAUUCAUUUACUCCACAGAAAGCGGAAUUUCAGUUUACAGUUCAAAUCCGAUAAGUCUUGUCAGACGAGUGGACUACAGAAGAGAAAUAAAGGACAUGUCAGCUGGAAGAGACCAUCUAUAUAUUUUGAACGACGAUUCUCUUGUUUUGUAUUCAAAGAACGGAUUCAAUGUGCUGUCUAAGAACUUUACAAACUGUACGGUAAAAGCUAUUGGCGAUGAUCUAAUUGGAGUCCAAAGCAGGUCUGAUUUGGCCAUCUACAAUCAUGCCUUUGUUUGCAAAGCUAUUUUGAACUGCCAAUGCUCAUUCUAUUGCCGUGACAUUCUUCUUUUGGGCGAUAUGAAUAUUGUUAAAGUAUAUAUCAAAGGUAACAAGGCAUUUGAAGUCUCUAUGCCCGACUAUAUCACAUGUUUGAUUACUGAUCCACUCUUUUCGAGGAUAUACUGCGCAACACAGGAUAGCAAUAUUCACGUUUUUGACCUCAACGGCUUACCGUUGAAAACGCUCGAAUACCAUACAAAGCCAGUAAGACAAAUGAAGCUCAGUUUCUGCGGCCAAUAUUUGUACUCCUCUGAUGGUGGGAGGAUUUGUGUAUGGAACAUUACGGACUGCAUUGCCAGGGGUUAUGUCGAUGUAGAGGAAACUGUUGAAUCUUUUGAAACACUUCUUGUUGAUGACUUUGAGUAUGAUAUGGAUAGAACAUUGGUGUAG